AUGUGGAAGACAAGUGCCAUUACGCCUACCGAACUUGGUGAGAACUUUGGAGAAACUUAUCAAGAAUUUCCAGAAAUUCAGGGUAAUCGGAAAAGAGACCAAGAAACCAACUGGAAGAUUGCACAGCAUACAGUUCAGAUACCGACAUCAACGAUAGCCGAAAAUAGGUUCGCCAGCUUUCGGCUGGGGAUCUAUGGUUCAACACUUCACAGGAAGCAGAUGAUGGACAUCACACUUCAACUGAAUGACUUAACUAUUUGGCGUAAUGGUACCCACUACAAUGAUACCCACUACAAUGGUACCCACUACAAUGAUACCCACUACAAUGGUACCCACUACAAUGGUACCCACUACAAUGAUACCCACUACAAUGGUACCCACUACAAUGGUACCCACUACAAUGAUACCCACUACAAUGGUACCCACUACAAUGGUACCCACUACAAUGAUACCCACUACAAUGGUACCCACUACAAUGGUACCCACUACAAUGAUACCCACUACAAUGGUACCCACUACAAUGGUACCCACUACAAUGAUACCCACUACAAUGGUACCCACUACAAUGGUACCCACUACAAUGAUACCCACUACAAUGGUACCCACUACAAUGGUACCCACUACAAUGAUACCCACUACAAUGGUACCCACUACAAUGGUACCCACUACAAUGAUACCCACUACAAUGGUACCCACUACAAUGGUACCCACUACAAUGAUACCCACUACAAUGGUACCCACUACAAUGGUACCCACUACAAUGAUACCCACUACAAUGGUACCCACUACAAUGGUACCCACUACAAUGAUACCCACUACAAUGGUACCCACUACAAUGGUACCCACUACAAUGAUACCCACUACAAUGGUACCCACUACAAUGGUACCCACUACAAUGAUACCCACUACAAUGGUACCCACUACAAUGGUACCCACUACAAUGAUACCCACUACAAUGGUACCCACUACAAUGGUACCCACUACAAUGAUACCCACUACAAUGGUACCCACUACAAUGGUACCCACUACAAUGAUACCCACUACAAUGGUACCCACUACAAUGGUACCCACUACAAUGAUACCCACUACAAUGGUACCCACUACAAUGGUACCCACUACAAUGAUACCCACUACAAUGGUACCCACUACAAUGGUACCCACUACAAUGAUACCCACUACAAUGGUACCCACUACAAUGGUACCCACUACAAUGAUACCCACUACAAUGGUACCCACUACAAUGGUACCCACUACAAUGAUACCCACUACAAUGGUACCCACUACAAUGGUACCCACUACAAUGAUACCCACUACAAUGGUACCCACUACAAUGGUACCCACUACAAUGAUACCCACUACAAUGGUACCCACUACAAUGGUACCCACUACAAUGAUACCCACUACAAUGGUACCCACUACAAUGGUACCCACUACAAUGAUACCCACUACAAUGGUACCCACUACAAUGGUACCCACUACAAUGAUACCCACUACAAUGGUACCCACUACAAUGGUACCCACUACAAUGAUACCCACUACAAUGGUACCCACUACAAUGGUACCCACUACAAUGAUACCCACUACAAUGGUACCCACUACAAUGGUACCCACUACAAUGAUACCCACUACAAUGGUACCCACUACAAUGGUACCCACUACAAUGAUACCCACUACAAUGGUACCCACUACAAUGGUACCCACUACAAUGAUACCCACUACAAUGGUACCCACUACAAUGGUACCCACUACAAUGAUACCCACUACAAUGGUACCCACUACAAUGGUACCCACUACAAUGAUACCCACUACAAUGGUACCCACUACAAUGGUACCCACUACAAUGAUACCCACUACAAUGGUACCCACUACAAUGGUACCCACUACAAUGAUACCCACUACAAUGGUACCCACUACAAUGAUACCCACUACAAUGAUACCCACUACAAUGGUACCCACUACAAUGAUACCCACUACAAUGGUACCCACUACAAUGAUACCCACUACAAUGAUACCCACUACAAUGGUACCCACUACAAUGAUACCCACUACAAUGGUACCCACUACAAUGAUACCCACUACAAUGAUACCCACUACAAUGGUACCCACUACAAUGAUACCCACUACAAUGGUACCCACUACAAUGAUACCCACUACAAUGAUACCCACUACAAUGGUACCCACUACAAUGAUACCCACUACAAUGGUACCCACUACAAUGAUACCCACUACAAUGAUACCCACUACAAUGGUACCCACUACAAUGAUACCCACUACAAUGGUACCCACUACAAUGAUACCCACUACAAUGAUACCCACUACAAUGGUACCCACUACAAUGAUACCCACUACAAUGGUACCCACUACAAUGAUACCCACUACAAUGAUACCCACUACAAUGGUACCCACUACAAUGAUACCCACUACAAUGGUACCCACUACAAUGAUACCCACUACAAUGAUACCCACUACAAUGAUACCCACUACAAUGAUACCCACUACAAUGGUACCCACUACAAUGAUACCCACUACAAUGGUACCCACUACAAUGAUACCCACUACAAUGAUACCCACUACAAUGGUACCCACUACAAUGAUACCCACUACAAUGGUACCCACUACAAUGACCGUUCAGAGACGUACAUAAAUACCUAA